AGACGACCUCCGGUGGUGGCUGCACCGGGCCAGCGACGAUCGAAAAGCUGCAAGCCUUCAGCACCCCGGCAAACCUUGCAACGCGAUACUACGCUUUCAUAGAUAUCUGUCAGUACCUGGCCGUGUGGCAUACAAACAUUAACCUUGCCCGACAUGCCUGUGGACAGAACCAGACAGAGGUACAACGCCAAAGCCCGUCAGUCCACAGUCGGUGGCUCAUCACAUAAGAAGAGAGGAAAGCGCAAUGCAAAGGACGCGCAGGAUCAGACUGUUACGGAUGAAAACCCUAAUGCCGAGAUUGUCGUACCAAAGAGUGUCGAGCAGAAGGAGCUCGACCGCAGGGAAAAGCUGAGGCAUGAACUUCUUGCUCAACAAGACUCAAAGGCGAGUGGCAAGAAGAAGAAGAGGCUCGAGAAGUACAUCGAGAAGAAACUCAAACAAGAAGAGCGAGUGGACCUCUUUGAGAAGCUCUCCAAGAGUCAAGCAAAGCUGUCCACUGCACUCCAAUUGCAGUCUUCUGCUACCCUUGGCACCGGCAAGGCGUCCACGCACAAGGACAUGCUAGACAAGCAAGAGGACAAGGAGGUCCGACGAGCUAUGGACGGCACAAUGCGCAAAGGCAAGCACAGGCGAGGCCAACCGGUCAACGUCCCUUCGUAUGGUAAUGACGAGGGCGAGUCGGAAGGAGAGGACGUCAUGUUGGCUGAUGGCGAGGCCGACGAGAAGGACACGCAAGACGAGGUUGGUACUUCGAGGGCGAACCCGGUUGUGAUCGUGGAUUCUGGGCUCUCGACGACCAAGUUGUCACCAGAGGAGAGUUCUGCACCUGCCAUGCCCGUACAGGUCGGCUCCGCGCUGAAGCGUAACGCGGACGGUUCCGUCGUUGCGCCCAAGGUUUCGAAGAGGAAGGCAAAAGGCUCCAAGACGGCUUUCGCAUCAUGGAAGACUAAGGCAUCCAUGCCCACAGCUUCCGGCGAAGACUCGGACACUUCCUUUGACAGCUCUGAUUCUGCUUACGAUUCAAACGAGAGCGAUGACGACGGGUCGGAGUGGUCUGGCAUUCACGAUUCUGCCGAGUCGUCAGGCUCAGAGAACAGCGGCUCAGAGGACGACGCGUCCGAGUCCGAUGGUGAAGACGAUGAUGACAGCUCUGGUGGCUCCCCACUACAGGAGGAAGGGAAUACACGACCUGCGAAGCGCAAACUCGGCUUCAAGGAAUGGGCUCUGCAACAGCUCAGUACCGUCAAAGGCUACGUCGCGCCCGUGCCAACAUCCGAACCAUCCGCUACACCAGACACCGAGGCAGUCCCGCCGCCCGCCAAGAAACGCAAAACCGAGCUACCGCCGACGGACGGACUCCUUCGUGGUCCAUUAGGUGAGGACCUCCAGGUCCCAACGACAUCCUUUGCAAAGGCCGUCCAACAAUCCGCCGAGGCGUCGAAAGUGCGCGGGAGUGCAUUCCCGAGGAAGGUCGUCGAGGUAACGCGGUCGCCGGAGGUGCAGGAGAGCAGACUCAUGCUCCCGAUCGUGGCGGAAGAGCAGCCGAUCAUGGAGGCGAUCUUACUGAACAGUGUGGUGGUGAUCUGUGGAGAAACGGGGAGCGGGAAGACGACGCAGGUGCCGCAGUUCUUGUAUGAAGCUGGGUUCGGUUCGCCGGGGAGCGACAACCCAGGCUUGAUUGGUGUCACUCAGCCCCGUCGUGUCGCCGCGAUGUCUAUGGCAUCGCGCGUCGCACACGAGCUCUCGCUGCCUCCUUCGCGAGUGUCGUACCAGAUCCGGUACGACGCUACUGUCGCUCCGACUACCUCCGUCAAGUUCAUGACGGAUGGUGUCCUCCUGCGCGAGCUGGCGAUGGAUUUCCUGCUCACGAAGUACUCGGUCAUCAUCAUCGACGAGGCACAUGAACGGAGCAUGAACACCGACAUCCUCAUCGGCGUGCUGAGUCGUGUCGUGAAGUUGAGGGAGGAGAUGUGGAGGGAAGGAAAGGACGGUGCCAAGCCCCUCCGCCUGAUUGUCAUGUCCGCCACGCUCCGUGUGUCCGACUUCGCCGAGAACAAGACACUCUUCGCCACGCCCCCGCCCAUCAUCCACAUCCCUGCGCGUCAGCACCCCGUCACGGUCCACUUCAGCCGACGCACGGCGUCCGACUACGUGUCGGAGGCCGUCAAGAAGGCCAGCAAGAUCCACGCGCGACUCCCACCAGGCGGGAUCCUCAUCUUCCUGACGGGCCAGAACGAGAUCGCUGGCGUGUGCAGGAAGCUGGAGGCAAGGUAUGGCGCGAAGGCGUUGGAAGCGCGGAGGAAGAUGAGGGAGACGAAGGCGAGGAUGCAAGAGCGAGAACCGCGCGUGGAGGACGUCAAAAUCACUGCUGUAGCGCCUGCACAAGCCGACGUGGAAGCAGAGGAUCUUGAGCUGGGAGAUCAGGAAGCCCUUGCCCUCGAUGUAGAUGGCGAAGGCGGCCCCGUCGACGACGACCCAGAGGCCCUCGACAGCGAUGAUGACGAGGAUGAGAAAUUGGGUAUAGACACAGAAGAGUCUGACGUCCCCAUGCACAUCGUCCCUCUGUAUGCAUUGCUUCCGAGCGAAAAGCAGAUGCAGGUAUUCAAGCCCCCACCUCCCGGACACCGACUUGUCGUUGUGUCCACGAACGUAGCCGAGACAUCGCUCACCAUCCCUGAUAUACGAUACGUCGUUGACAGCGGCCGGGCGAAGGAGCGACGAUACGACGUGGCAAACGGGGUGCAAGCGUUCCAGGUCAGUUGGAUCUCUAAAGCAUCCGCCGCUCAAAGGGCAGGUCGUGCUGGCCGAACGGGCCCUGGACACUGCUACCGCCUCUACUCCUCGGCACUGUUCGAACACUACUUCGAACAGUUCGCUCAACCCGAGAUACUUCGUGUUCCCAUCGAAGGUGUCGUGCUGCAGAUGAAGAGCAUGAACAUCGACGCUGUCGUCAACUUUCCCUUCCCCACGCCUCCUGAUCGGACAAGUCUGCGCAAGGCGGAGACCGUGCUAACCCAUUUGGGCGCACUGGCUCCGUCGGCGGGAGGUGCAGUGAUUUUAGGAGGAAGUAUCACUGAGAUUGGCAAGGCCAUGUCGCUCUUCCCUCUGUCACCACGGUAUUCGAGGAUGCUGGUCAGUGGACGGCAGCAUGGGUGCCUCCCAUAUGUGAUCACCGUCGUCUCUAUCUUGUCUGUUGGCGACCCCUUCCUGCGCGAGGAGGUCAUGGGGGAUGCGGAAGAUUCCGAUAAUCCCGAUGACGAUGACUCGGAGUUGUCGCAUCUCACUGGCGAAGCUGCCAAAUCGAAAGAGGUUCGCCGCUUGCGCAGACGAGCGUACUUCCGGUCGCAGCAGACACACGCGUCUCUAGGGAACUCAAGCAGCGAUGUCUUCAAGAUGUUGUCAGUCGUCGGUGCAUACGAGUAUGCUGGCGGUGGUCAUUCGUUCUGCUCUGAGCAUUUCGUGAGGCCGAAGGCGAUGGAAGAGAUCCACAAACUUCGUGCUCAGAUUAGCAGCAUUGUCCAGACGAAUUUUCCCGAUCUGCACACAGGAUUUGUUGCAAACCUCAAGCCGCCAAGUGCCCUUCAGCUCAAGGUGCUCAAGCAACUUUUGACUGCCGGGUUCAUUGAUCAAGUUGCUGUCCGCAAAGACCUGAUUGACAAGGGAUCUGCGUCCGGAGAUAAAUUCACCACAUGCAAGGGCGUCGCAUACCGAGCCAUGGGAAUCACUGACGAUGUCUACGUCCAUCCCUCUUCUGUACUUCACAAUACUCCUCCCCCAGACUACAUUGUCUUCCUAGAGGUAGUCCGAACGACCCGCAUCUGGAUGAAGGGUCUAACGGUGUGCAAUGCCGCGUGGCUCUCCAGCCUGGGUAAGUCAUUGUGCACGUUCUCCAAGCCUAUCACAACAAAGGAUGGCAGAAUCGUCGUUAUUCCGCACUUCGGGCCUGCAGGUUGGGAGUUGCCUCCUAUUGAGUCUCAUUAGUAUUGUGCCUUAAUUGUGCCUAGUCAUAAUGCGAUGUUAGAAUAUACGGUGAAGAGGACCAUGCAACGAUAGCGAUGAUAAGUUAUUGUGCUAAGCAAUGAUCAAUGUGAUGAUAGAUGGGAGGCUAUGCUGCAGCAAGAUGAUGGAGAAGAAUGCAAGAGAUGAGACGUCAUCGGUUCGUCGUCGACUACGGGGGACG